AUGAUCCGAUACAAGCCCACUCGGAUAACCCUCGGAGACGGAGACCUACGCUAUCACCUCCAGCGGCUUCUCAACCGCCAUAGUCGCCUGGCGGAAUGGCACCAACACGAUCAAUUUCUGAAUGACAGCAGCUUUGAUGAUGGCGAGGACAAUGCAUUUCUUGAGUCUGACUCGGACCUCUUCUCCGCACCGUCCGUGUCGCCGCCAGAUUCUGUUUGUUAUUCGGCUCCAGACGAGGCUCUUGAAGACGGCUCGUCGCUGC